UUAUCGUUGAACCCCAACCGUGACGCCAAGGGAUGACGAGGGGUCUCCACAAAUUCAAUUAGGUGUAUAUAUACUCUACCUGCCUGACGUCGCUGCGCAACGAUGUCCUCCUUUCUGAAGAGCACGACCGACUUUGCUGGAAGCGGGCUCUCCCAGGUAGCCCAUGGCGUAUCAAAUGUCGCGACCACAGCCACUGGCGCUAUCAAUCCAAAUAAACCAAAGGUCGAAGAUACUUUUGUAGCUGUGGCUACUACCCCACCUGAAGGGAAGCUCCAGACGUCCACUGAAGUCACUCCGGAAGUUGAAGAGGGUCAGGAAGAAGGUAGUCCUGGUGCUGAUACUAUCGGCCAAACUCCUCAAGCAGGGGGGAUUGGCAAUAGCAUUGCUUCUGGGUUCUACGGUGUAGGGAAUGUCUUCACUUCGGGCGCGUCUACAAUUGUCAAUCCCGCCUUUGACGCUAGCAAAUACACCGCAGGAUUUAUACGAAACACCAGCUCCACCGGGUUCUCGAUUGGUCGGCAAGUCGCUAAGACAGGUCUCAGCGUCACGACAAAUGUAGCGAUUGGUACUGCGGAUCUUGCUGGGACUGCGGUGGGCGGUGUCGUCACUCUCGCAGCUGAUACGAGCAGGAAGGUAUUCGAGCCCGUUGCGAGUGGGUUGAAGGCUAUCGAUGGAUUGCAAGUGCUUGGCGAGGGCCUGGAGAAGGUGAAUGGGUUGCCUAUUGCUGCCGUCAAGCAGGUCGGGACUUGGACUGUCAAGGCAAUGAAUAUGAGCGGUGUCACACCGACGUUCUUCGAUACAAAUGGCGACGGCGUCGUAUCUCUCGAUGACACGAUUCGGGGGUUGAUUGUGCUCGGCCUCGAAGACAAAUAUGCUCGAUAUGCAGGUUAUGCACUUCAUGCUGUGUUUAGUUAUCCAACUUCGGACUCGUGGAUUCCGUCAGCGGAUAUUAAUCUCCCAAUACAUGUGAAUAAGAUGAGUAACACACGUUGGGGAAGGAACUGGGGCUCCUAUGAACGUGUCGAAUGGUGCCAGGACAUCGACAUUGAGCAGUUUUUCACCAAUGAGGAAGAAGCUUCAGAUCUCAAAAAAUGGAAGGACACGAUCAAGAAAAGCCGUCAAUAUUUUGGCAUCUUGCUACUGAUAUUCGAAUGGGGGACGACGUGGCCCUUCUACAUGCCGCCGGUACCAGCUCACGAAAUACCUUUCAAAGACGACAUUGGUCGUGUCGUGCGGACUUUGCUUCUUCCAACGAUACUGUCGAAUUAUGAACACUCACGGGAAAGUAACACUAGUCUUCCUCCUAGUAGUGUGCCGCCAACGGAUGCAAAGAGUGCCUGAGGGAGCUUAAGUACAAAUUUAUCGGACCCAUUUAAAUUAUUCUUACUUUAGGCCGUCAAUUAAUGUUGUAUUCGAGGACUCGGUUUAUAUGCAAGGGACGUUCAUUUAAAUUUCGAACAGUCC